AUGGACAGUAACGAGAUGAACUUGCCAGACCAGUUGGCCUUUGAUAAUAAUUCAAGCAAUGGUACCGGCGAUCUAAGUGAAGAAAGCAGUAAUAGUUUUUACCCAAUGAUGACGAUGCCGGAGUCGAUUUCGUAUUCUGGUAAACGUAAGGAAGAUAACGAUUUUACUCAAAAAUACCUUCAUGGUGACAUAAGUGAAUUUGAAGUUACCCAUCGAAUAAAUGAUAUCAGCAGUGAUAACUAUGAAACUGUACCAAGUAAAUUAACUAUCAAUGAAAGUAGAACAUAUCAGAAGAAGCCGAUGUGGUAUAAGUCUGAAAGUGCCAGUAUGCCCAGUAAUAAUCAAAAUGUGCCAGAUGAUAAAAUCUCCACUAACAGUGUGAUAGAAGAAUCCCAGGCUCCAGAAGAAGUGACUGCUGCAGAAACUUCAGAAAUGGAGGAUAACGAAUCAGAUGACCAGAUUAGUUAUCAAGAAUUUAUGCAACUGAGAAACGAUGAUAAACUUAUUAACUUGUACUUACGAUUAAGAGAUCAAGAAGAAAGAAUGAGACUAUUGGAAAGGAAGGUGAAAAAUAAUGAAGCUAGUGGCAUCUUUGGAAGCAUAACGGGAAUGGCAUUAUGCAUUUCUUCGAUUCUGGCUUUAGGAUAUGUCUACAGGAAAAAGUUGCAGCUGUAA